CCCCAUUCCUCCCCGAAAAUCUACUAGGGUUGCUGAGUUCGGACACUUUCAGUACCCCUCCGAAAUCCUCUCUACCAAAUCCCCUGAUCGAGGAAACCCCAAAAAUCUCCGACCGUUCUCCGAAUAUGAAGCGAAAGAAAUGGUCGGAGCUCGAAGAACAAACCUUACUGAUUAAAUACUCAGACCUCCUCAAGUCAGGAGCCCUAGCAAAACUGAAGACCAGAGAGAAGAAAUUCAAGCCCAUUGCAGACUACGUUAACUCAGUGCACCACCUCCAAGACCCAAUCAACUUUACCUUCAAGUGGUCGUGGCGCGACGUGUCCAUCAAAGUCCAGAACAUGCGUCACCAGUACUUGGGUGUGAAGCAGAAAAUAAGGGUUUCGAACGGGGAGUUCAAUUGGAAAGAUGGGGAAAAUCACUGGGAAAAUUUCUUGAAGUAUAAGGAAGUGUUUGGGGAUGUUGAAUUGGAAGUGAAGGAUGAUAGCAAGAAGUUUGGUGAUGAGGGGGUGAAUUUUUUUGGUGAUUCAAGUAAUGGGGAUGAUGUUUUGGGGCUAGGGUUUGGGAUUGAUAGUGAUGAUUUGGAGGAGGAUGGUGAAUUAGGUGGUGAUGAACUGGGGGUGAGUGAUGAUGAAUUGGGGUUUGAAAGGGAUGAAACAGAGGAUAUUGAGGAUUCGGGUUCCAUUCGGACCAAAAGAUUGAAGAAGGGUUUUGGACAUUUUGGUGGGAAGAGGUUUGGGUUAGUGGGUGCUCAAGUGUUAGAGUUGAGGGAUUUGGUCUUGAGAAGGGAAGAGAGGAGGAGAGAGACAGAGUGGAAUAGAGAAGAGGCUUUUGCGGAGAGAGAAAAGAGGAAGAGAGAUAGGGAAUUGAGGAAGGAGAAGCGGCUGAAUGAUAGGGCCGAAGAAGUGGAGAAAAGGGAACUAGAAUUGGAAGAGAGACAGAUGAUUUGGGCGAGGAGGGACUUUGAGAGACGGUUGAGAUUGGACAGGGAAUUUGAAGAGGAGAGAAGGCGGAGGAUGAAGUUAGAAGAGAAGUGGGAGGAGGAGGAGAAGGAAUGGAGGGAGAGGAUGGUGGGUUUGCAAAUUGAGCAUGAGAAGCAGAUGAUGCAAAUGCAUGCUGAUGCUUGCCAGAAUCAAAUGCAGAUUCUUGGAAUCGUGGCUCGGCUUGUGUGCCAAUUUUUUGGGUCCACGAGUGAUGGCUUGGGUGGCGGAUUGGGGGCUCUGCCCCCUCAUGUUUUGCAGAAUUUGCAGCAUCCUGCGGGAUUGGGUGACAAUGGGAAGCCGAAUGCUAAUUCGCCUUCAGAAUUUUUGUAGCCUGUAAUACGUACCCUUCUAAAUACGUAUCCAUCUUGUUGAAGCUCGAAUGAGAUGUUACAUUAGUCGAUAGAUAUUGUAUGGAAUACUCCAUGCAAUAAGGCAGUUGAAAGUAAUGGAUUCUUUUUUGAUCACAUGAAAAUCAUUGGUCCAGAAACUUAUAAUUACUACCUAUCUUUCAUUUCGAAGAGGAACGUUCUUAAUAUGUGAGAAUGUAUCGAAUAACAGCCAAAUCCCCACACUUUUCUUUCUUUAACCUAUACCAAAUCUUCAUGGAUAAGCAUAGUCAGUGCAAUGAAUUAUGAAUGCAUUAGCAGGGGAAACCUCAACUUGUUAUAAUUUUUGACUUACUAAGCUCUCUUUUCCUCCCUCAUUUCUAGCAUAUAACUGUGGUUGCUGUUUUCAUACUGCAUUGCAAGAUAGUUGUAAAGCCCGGAAUCUGAUCUGUCUAGCAAGGUUGAUGCCAAGGGUUAUUGUAACACCACAGAUAGGACUCUGCUUCACAUUGUUGUAGGGAAGAUGAGGGAGAUUCUUUGGAAUUGGAAAGGCACUCCUCAAAUAAAACCAGUAUGAUACUACUCCUCAAUUCAGUUUUCAUAACACUGGGCAUUCAUUCCCACGUAAGGAUUUUGUGACAAUUCCUUGCUGAUCAGCUUCAUUAAAUCCUGACAAAUUGAAUCCUUCAAGAAGUGAGAUUUCGACUCAAUUAGGUGUGGUAUGGAUGUACAGAAGGCAAUAGCAGGGUUUAAACAGGUUUAAUGCAUGUUGAGAUAUACAGAAAUGUAUUUGAUGCGCAAUGCAUCUUAUGUUGUUUCUCUUGCUCAUUAUUGUCUAUUCCUUGACUUGAGAGUUGGGAUUCAUAUUUUGGUUAGUAAACUGCCUUAGUAUGUCUUUUGCUGUUGAGAGGAUCUUCCUGUUAUUUAGCAAAACUUACUAUGAACGCUCAUAUUAUGAUAUAG